CUGAAGAGUCCGGCGGCGGCUGACCAGGAGUCUCUGCAGGCGUCCUGGUGGGACCGCCGCUCGCCGCUGCCCCUCCGGGGGCGGGACAUCCUGCGCCUCAUCGACUGCGGCCUCAGCUGCGGGGCAGGAACGUGGCCCCUGGGGGGCCGGGGUGGGGGGGGCAUGCAGCAGAUGAACCUGGCUCUGGUCCACGACCGGCUGCAGGUCAAGUCCGUGUGGGAGCAGCGCAUCCAGAGCGAGGAGCAGCACGCCCACAGCGAGCAGCAGCGCAGGAGCCGCAGCGCCCUCCACAGGUCAGGGGGGGGCGGGGGGCCGGGGGGGGGUUCCUGUAGGUGA